UUGCUGUCUUUUCAAUUCAAAGCCAGUCCGAUAAUUUGGAAUUUUCUUUGUGGAAAUUUUCUCUGAUGCACCUCUGACUCAGUGUAAAUCUCCGACGUGUAGUCGUAUUUCGUUACUCAUAGGGUCAACAUACAAUUUAUCUUUUACUUCGGUAAUUGACCUUACAACUAUGUUGCUAUCUUACGAGACCCCGCAACAAAUCGUAAGAAUAACUCCAGUAAUCGAGUUCGGCAGUUGACAACUGGACGCACAUACGGUAUUACUCCUCUCUAUUAUUUCAGUACUCAUUUACAAUUGUAAGUGACGAAUGCAUUCAACGGACAUGCGUCUAUUAAUCAGUUGUGUAAUCUAUUGAAUUCUAAUGUUCCAUGUCCAGGAUCUCCAUAAGGUUCCUCGAAGAAGCCACAGAGGAUUGGUCAACGGUUGUGAUACCAGAGGCCAAGUUAAAAACGGCAGUUUUUAUUCUGUCGUUUCACUAGCAGCGACUAGAUAAACGUAUAAGCUAGGAUCGGUCAUCACUCAGGAAAAAGCUGAAGAAAAAAACAAUCCGGUGUCAUGGCUGUUAAAGAGUGGUUCAGACGACUUCAACCUGUACAACUAUAUUUAGUGCUCUUCUUCACCACAGCUUUUUUCAUGGUUGAGAUAAUAGCAAGCCAUGUAACACAUUCGCUUACUCUAUUGCUAAAUGCCUACCACAUGCUAUGCAAUAUAGUUGCCCUCCUCGGGUGCAUCGUGUCAUUGAAGUAUGGAAGUCAGGAGCAACGCAAGAAUGACGACAAUUCUGACUCCAAGGGUAAUUCCACUGUUGCUAUUUGCGAAGAAAAGGGAUCAUCCAAGUCAUUACCCACUGAUAUAAAGCAGGUGAGCCCAGAUAAUAGAAUGAAGAACACUUUUGGCUGGGCGAGAAUCGAUAUUCUUACAAUGAUGGUGUGCGGUGUAUUCUUGGCAUCAUUCUGCUUCACACUUCUCUUAGAAGCAGUACUGACCCUUGGACAUAUAGGUCAUCUCGAUCAAAUGCAUUUGCCUCUGAUUGUCAUGGGAAUUGGCAUUGCUGGAAUUAUACUCAAUAUUUUUUGUUAUCUAAUCAUUGGAGGAUAUACCUUUAAUCAGAGUUUAUAUCUGCAUGUCACUAAGGACGGAGGUGUUGUUCUUCAAAGAGAUGUAGCUGAUGGUGAACAAAGAUUGGCUCCCACCAGAAGAAGUCCUAUUGCGAUGCCCAAGAGUGGACGAUUGAUGGAAAUAUCUCGAGAUGUUUUUCCAUGUGUUCUCGUUGUUGUUGCUUCUGUACUCGUGCACUUUACUUACGAGGAAAGUGCUACCAUCCCGGGCAAAGCCAGUGAGCACGAUAUUUCGAAAUAUUUCGAUCCAGCCAUUGCAAUCAUCUCUGCGGUUUUCUUAUUCACGCUCAGCUAUCCCUACCUGAGGGACUCUUGUAUGAUACUCUUGCAAACUAUUCCAAAUCACAUAAACAUUGACUCUCUACAAAAAGAGCUGCUCGCUGCAUUCCCGGGGAUUGUUAAUGUUCACGACUUUCAUGUCUGGCAUCUCGCUGGGACAAAAGUCGUUUCCACCGUUCAUAUUACAUUUUUAAAUCCCAAGGUUUACGCAACAAUUACUGACCAAGUAACUGCUUUUUUUGUGGAGAUGGGCAUAACGCAAGUGACAAUACAACCAGAAUUCCAUAAGUCAAAUGUGGAUAAAACAGACUGUCUCAUUCGAUGUCGAGGGAAACUCUGUAUUCAAUCUCAGUGUUGCAAUAAUGAGGAACUCCUGGAUGAAAUUAUUACAUCAAAUUCUGAGCGGGAGCUGCAAACGAAUAAUAAGAGUUAUUUAAAAAAGGAAAUCAUACCUGUUUCUUCAGAAGUUGAUUUGCGGAGAUUCACACUCAAUAAAAAUGAUGACGAAAAAAGUCGUAACGUAAUGAAGUUACAGGUGGAUGUAAACGUUGCUAGUGGAAAUGAUAAUACCACUGACGAAAAAAUUGUCGCGGAUAGGAAACCAUGUGAGCCUUAAUCGCUUUGAAUUUUAAUGUACAGAUUUUUUUUCAUUUUAUUGAAAAUGUAUUGAUAACAAAAAGACUGUCAAUUAAUAUUAAGUGGAAAUAUUUUAAGUUCGAUGUACGGAGAGAAAGUGGCCGUUAAGGAGUUUUUUGCGAAAAAUCUGAGAUUUAUAUAAGGUUCAGUAAAAAUGGCGAUUUUUCCGACAAUUUCCGAGUGAAAAUUCUGUAAUAUUUAGAAUUCUUUCCAUGCACCAGGUAAAAGGAAAGAAAUGAUCAUUACAACAAUCGGAAAAACAUCUCUUGUAAAUAAUUUCAGUCUUGUUAGGUAAGACUUUCGAAUUGACCCCUCAAUUAUGGACUUACAUGGAAACAUUUGUUUCUCAUGAGUAACUCUAAUUGAAUAGUGUUUAAUUAUAAAAACGAUUCUUUAAGGCUGUAAUUAUUGGUACUAGUAUAAAUAUUACAUAUACUGACUUA